CUCCUGCUGCCGCGGCCGGAUCUGUCUCAGGGGUGGGGGGGCGCUUGGCCCUGCGCACUGAGCGAUGUUUGUCCGCCAUCGCGGCGGACGAGGGUGAAGGAAACGCCGCCGCCGCCGGUGGAGACAGGGGCCUGCGCCGCCGCCGCCCAGAACCCCCCGUAGCCGCCUCCCUCCUCACCGCCCCGCGCACCCCGAGGCCGCCGCCCGGAGUGAAGGUCGCCAGGGGCUCCUGCCCGGGGUCUCCCCGAACCCCUCCCCCCCACCCCGCAGAGGCUCCGCUCGAGCCGGGUCCGAAGAUGUCGAACCUGAGCAAGGGGACGGGCAGCCGGAAAGACACCAAGAUGCGGAUCCGAGCUUUCCCCAUGACCAUGGAUGAGAAAUAUGUAAACAGCAUCUGGGAUCUCCUGAAAAAUGCGAUCCAAGAGAUCCAGCGUAAGAAUAACAGUGGUCUCAGCUUUGAGGAACUGUAUAGGAAUGCAUAUACUAUGGUGUUACAUAAACAUGGAGAAAAAUUGUACACUGGACUACGAGAAGUCGUCACUGAGCAUCUCAUAAACAAGGUGCGAGAAGAUGUGUUAAAUUCAUUGAAUAACAACUUUCUUCAAACACUAAACCAAGCGUGGAAUGAUCAUCAGACAGCAAUGGUGAUGAUUAGAGACAUUCUCAUGUACAUGGACCGUGUAUAUGUACAACAAAAUAAUGUGGAGAAUGUCUACAACUUGGGGUUAAUAAUUUUUCGAGAUCAAGUUGUACGUUAUGGCUGUAUAAGAGAUCACCUACGACAGACUCUGUUGGAUAUGAUCGCAAGAGAACGGAAAGGAGAAGUUGUAGAUAGAGGCGCAAUAAGAAAUGCUUGCCAGAUGUUAAUGAUUCUCGGUCUUGAAGGAAGAUCAGUCUAUGAAGAAGACUUUGAGGCUCCGUUUUUGGAGAUGUCUGCAGAAUUCUUUCAGAUGGAAAGUCAGAAAUUUUUAGCUGAAAAUAGUGCUUCAGUAUAUAUAAAGAAAGUAGAAGCUAGAAUUAAUGAAGAAAUAGAACGGGUGAUGCACUGCCUUGAUAAAUCAACAGAAGAGCCAAUUGUGAAAGUUGUUGAAAGGGAGCUUAUAUCCAAACACAUGAAGACUAUAGUGGAAAUGGAGAACUCUGGGCUUGUUCAUAUGCUGAAAAAUGGAAAGACAGAAGACCUUGCUUGCAUGUACAAGUUAUUUAGCCGUGUGCCGAAUGGCCUGAAGACAAUGUGUGAGUGUAUGAGUUCGUACCUGAGGGAGCAAGGUAAAGCUCUAGUAUCUGAAGAGGGAGAAGGAAAGAACCCAGUUGACUAUAUUCAGGGUUUACUGGAUUUGAAGAGUAGGUUUGAUCGGUUUCUUCAAGAAUCUUUCAAUAAUGACCGGCUCUUCAAACAAACUAUUGCGGGUGACUUUGAGUAUUUCCUCAAUCUCAACUCUAGGUCUCCAGAGUACCUCUCGUUAUUUAUUGAUGAUAAGCUGAAAAAAGGAGUCAAGGGACUAACGGAGCAAGAAGUAGAGACUAUAUUGGAUAAGGCAAUGGUUCUGUUUAGGUUUAUGCAAGAGAAAGAUGUUUUUGAACGUUACUAUAAACAGCACUUGGCAAGAAGACUUCUUACAAACAAGAGUGUUUCAGAUGACUCUGAGAAAAAUAUGAUAUCUAAAUUAAAGACUGAAUGUGGAUGUCAAUUCACAUCUAAACUGGAAGGAAUGUUCAGGGAUAUGAGCAUCUCAAACACAACAAUGGAUGAAUUCAGGCAACAUCUACAGGCUACAGGGGUCUCAUUAGGUGGUGUUGAUCUCACAGUGCGGGUUCUCACAACAGGCUACUGGCCUACUCAGUCAGCCACACCAAAGUGCAACAUCCCUCCAGCCCCCAGACAUGCUUUUGAAGUAUUUAGAAGAUUUUAUUUAGCCAAACACAGUGGUCGACAGCUGACACUCCAGCAUCACAUGGGUUCAGCAGAUCUCAAUGCCACCUUCUAUGGACCUGUUAAAAAGGAAGAUGGCUCAGAGGUUGGUGUAGGAGGUGCCCAAGUAACUGGCUCAAAUACAAGGAAGCACAUAUUGCAAGUUUCCACUUUCCAGAUGACGAUACUAAUGCUCUUUAACAACAGAGAAAAAUACACGUUUGAGGAAAUUCAACAAGAAACUGAUAUCCCCGAAAGAGAGCUUGUUAGAGCCCUACAGUCCCUUGCAUGUGGCAAACCAACACAGAGAGUUCUCACAAAAGAGCCUAAAUCAAAAGAAAUAGAAAAUGGUCAUAUAUUUACAGUGAAUGAUCAGUUCACAUCCAAAUUGCACAGAGUCAAGAUUCAAACGGUUGCUGCCAAACAAGGGGAAUCAGACCCAGAAAGAAAAGAAACAAGGCAGAAAGUAGAUGACGACAGAAAACAUGAGAUAGAAGCUGCUAUAGUGCGGAUAAUGAAAUCUAGAAAGAAGAUGCAGCACAAUGUGCUAGUAGCAGAGGUGACUCAGCAGCUGAAAGCUCGAUUCUUACCAAGUCCAGUUGUUAUUAAAAAACGUAUUGAAGGACUUAUUGAGAGAGAAUAUUUGGCACGAACACCUGAGGAUCGCAAAGUAUACACUUACGUAGCAUAAAAUGCGUUCAGCAAAUUUGAUUUAUUCUUGGACUAUACUCUCCGCAUGAACUGGGAAGUUCUUUUAAAUCAUUAAUAUUAAAGACGACCAUCUCUUCUAUUAAAUUACAAUACAUGUUCUAGACCAUGCAGAUCAAGCCUUUACUCCUUUUGAGAGUUUUCAACAUCAAUUGAUUGAGCUUCAGGCUUUUCAGCGUUAUCCCUGUAGAGAUCAUUCUUAUAAUUCCUCGGGAAAAUGUGAACGUGCUGCGUUUUGUUUUCAAAACUGUAUGAAAAGAGAAAAAUAAACAAAUUUAGAAAAUACAGCUCAUUAAAAAUAAAAUUGUUGGAAUUUCAUUUCCCCAAAUCUUCAGUGUUGAUGUAAAUGUGUUUCUGUAGUGUUGCUUAGCACUUUGCGCAUUGUAUUAGUUGGGUUAAAAAACAACACAACUGGUAAGACAGAAUUCCCGGUUAUAUUGCUCUGCUUCAGACAUUUAUUUAACUAGCCAUGUUUAAUUUAAAUAUUUGGUAAAUUUAUAAAGACCCAAGAAUACAAUUUUAGCAUGCUUCACUCUUCCAGCUGCACUCAUUAUUGUUCUGGCAAUAUGAUCAGGAACCUUUUUGGGGCUCAGUAAAGACCGUAAUAAUUUUGGCUUUCCCUUCUGUAAUUUGAGUUCUUCCAAAUUAAGUUCUAUAUUGAUUAGGUUUGUUCUGGUUUCUUUAUAGGAAAAAGGAAAAGGUUUUAGUGUGUAUAAACUGUAUAAUAAUUUUUGCUGUUGUACUCACUGCUGAUAGUGGAUUGUACAGGGCGAUGUUUUUAUUUCACUUAAUGUAGACACAAUAAAUUUAAAAUAAACGGAUUUAGUGUACACAAACCACUAAUUCAGUUGUUUUAGAGCACAGGGAGUACAAUUUGUUGAACUAAAUACUGCCCCUGCAAGAAACGCACCAAGACUACACCUUGUUUAUUAAUGUCAUGACCGACCAGAAGGUUUCCCCCCUUAAAUACGUAUUUUAGGAGAUUAAAGUGAAGCCGUUGUGCACUAUUCAUUGUUUUAAAAUGCAAUCUGAAAAUGCAAUAAAUAUUCUUACUUUAAUCUUAAUGAAAUCUUCAGUUCUUACAGCAAAACUUCUUUCACAUAUUGUCAAUGUGGUUCAAACCGUGGAUUUCAAAAUUGUGAUUCAAGGGCAUCAUUUUUCUUUGAUAAGUCAGUUUCACUGCCUGCGGAUGUGUAUUGUACUAAAGAUUCUUUUGAUUAAGAUAUAAUUUUGACCUUACAGACAAUGUACUCUGUGCAGCUUCUCUGCUAUAACUAUGGUUUUCCCCAUUUUUCAUCAAACUACUGUACUUUUAUUCUCAGUUCUCCUUAAUUAUGCUUUUUCACAAGAGACUUAAAGUGUAAUUGGGAAAAACUGCUUAUAAUAUAGACACCAAUAUGGAGUCAAAAAACCUGGUUAAGGUCAUGAAGCAUUAAGGUACUGCCGGUGCAUUUGUUAACUGUAUCUGACAAAGGUGUCUGUUCAAAUAUAUGGUAAAGUAUAUCAGCAUAAUUUCAGUAUGGAUAAAGAUGCCACGUAGCUGUUUCCAUGGCAUUUGGGGCAAUGUUUUUGCUCUGGUCUGCAUAUGUGUGUAGAUUGAUAUUACUUUUGUUUCACUGUCAACAUUUGGCAGCUAAGAAAAUAUAUUUCUAUCUCAAACAUUU